UUCGUUCCUAAUAGUGCCCCGCGCACAGUUUGGGUGCCUUCAGUUCGUUUCCUUUCUCGUCCACUGCUCCUCAGACCACACCGCGUUCUUCUCUUAUACCUCGACACCUACGAAAGGACCCUUGACGACGACUCACCUUGGUACCCAAGAGCAAUCGACUAUGCCGAGUGCUCACGAGGUCUUCAAAGCCCUUGCCCCUGUCAAUUGGGACGAUAUCCCCCACGACAAGCUCGACACUUUCUUGGAGGAGAUAUUCAACGACGCGCAGUGUAUCCUUGAUUCUAUCCCCGUCUCGUCCACAUCCUCGCAGAAAGGAGGCAGGCCACGGUCAGCCACCGAUUCGAAUCUUCCCUCCCUGUCUAGUAGAUCUUCGAAAUCGUCGAACCGUGCGUCGGAAUUGCGGAAGGACUGGAAAGAGGUCAAGGUCAAUCCACGCGAGAACCCGCUAGGUCUAGACGUCUAUAAACUCGCUGCGAAGGAUGGAAAGGGUGCGUGGUUUGCGAGACGCAGCGUCCACGAUAUCCUUACCUUUGAAAAAUGGAAGUUGGGCAUGGAAAAAGAGCUCGACGAGAGCUUGAAGGUACAAGGAAAGCCCGGCGAUGGGAGUAUCAGAGGUAUCGGGGCCGAUAGAAAGGUUGUGAAUCAGAUUAUUGAAGGCCGUGGCAAGAUGCAAGUCUAUCAACUAUCGGCACAAUUUCCAGGGCCAACAACGCCGCGGGACUUCAUUACUUUAUUGCUAAGUUCUGACUCAGCCAUCGAUGUCCCUGGCACGCCUAAACACUACAUGCUCGUCUCAAAGCCGUGUGUUCAUCCAGAAUGUCCACCGCGCCAGGGCUAUAUUCGCGGCCAAUAUGAAUCAGUCGAAUUUAUCCGUGAAGUCCGAGUUGAGAAAUCUCUCCGCAAAACUCGGUCAUCGAUAGAUCUACCUAAUGACGAGUCCGCAGCAUCAAUACGAAAUGCUGCAGAGAACCUCGGUAGACAGGCUUCUAUUCGCUCAGCCCGGCAAGCAGCGGACUCGGCUUCCCCUACGAGAGAUGGAGAGGGAAGGAGACGAGGUAGGACUAUCGGAUAUGCAGAUAUCGGCGAUGUCAUAGAAAAUGAGGAAGAUUACGAUACCAUGGUCGAAUGGAUAAUGGUUACCCGAAGCGAUCCUGGCGGCAGUGUACCGCGAUUCAUGAUCGAAAGAGGUACACCUCCCGGUAUUGCCGGCGACGCCAACAAAUUUGUCAAAUGGAUCUCGUCAAAGUCUAUUCAUGAUUUCACCGAGUCCGACGAUGAAGAUACGAAGCUUAAGCAGGAGGCAGAGAUGGCUGAAGAGCAUACUUCUAAGAAAUCAGCCUCGACAAAUUCUACAGCGAAUCUUACUAGGUCUCCCAGUGCUCCACUCCUAUCAGCUGUCGACGAGAGAGUCGAAGCGGGUGACCCAGCCAAUCCUACCGGAUUUUAUGGUAUGAUAUCAAAUGCCCUUAAUUCCGCGGCCUCGGCGGCAGCCUCUCACAUGCCUAACCCUUUUGUAUCCGUUAACGACGACAACAUGAGUUCUUCCGACCUUUCUGAAUCUCUGGACGACGAUGAUGCGUCAUCAACUCGCAGCUUUCAUAGCCUGGAAGCUGAAGAAAUAGAAGGAAACGACGGCUCGUCAUCUAAGCCAGAAGAAAGUUCGACCCAACUUACGCCGUCGGUCACAAAUGGUGGCGCGGAAUCCACGCGCUCCACCGACUCCCUUGCUCGCUCGACCGGGACAUCACAACACGACAAGGAACUCAAAAAGCUCGAGGAACGCAAACGGAAGACAGAAGAAAAACUGCGGCGCGCACAGGAAAAAGCACUUGCGAAGCGGGGCAGUACAUCGGACACCACCUCUUCCCAACGCGAAGAAGCAGCCCUACAGAAGCUUCGCGAGAAACACGAGCGCGAGAUAGCCAAGCAGCAGGAGAAAUAUCAGCGAGAGGUAAAGAAGCUCGAGGCCAAGCGCAACAGCGAACAGAAGAAGGUCGAGGAACGCAGGAGAAAGACGUUAGAGAGAGAAGAGAAGAGCAAUAUGGCGAUGGAGUUGGAUAAGGUCCGGGCGGAGCGCGACAUCGCGCGAAAGCAGAUGGAGAUCCUGAAGGAGCAGAUCGGCGACCUCCAGACGCAGAACACGAUGCUGGUCGCUAGGUUGGGCCGCGAGGGGAUAUCGCUGGACGGCGAGGGCUCGGCGGGGACUAGGACCCCGUCUCCUUUAAAGAGAGCUAUGACGGACCAGACGCCCGUGAAGGCUUAAGAUUGGGGUGGAAUAUGGGAAAGGGUGUAGGUUGGAUGGGAGGUGCGUACAUACUAGCAACGGGGACUGCAGAUGAAGGUGGAUGAACAUACACGGGGGUUCCCGUAUUUGAUACGACAAGAUGAAAAAUGGACACAAACGCGCACGAUACCAUUGCGACGGAAUGACUUGAACAUGGCGCCGCCAUACGAAUUGCAUUGAUCGGGGAGGCCAGACCUUGAAUUAGUAAAAAGGGGCUGAGCGCGAGCUCGUUACCU